AUGGGUUCGAUCGUAUUCAAUGAUACUAACAAGUACCUCAUGCAGCAACUUACAGUCAAGACACUCCAACAAAAACAGUUCAAGCUCGACGUAGAAGGCAGCGACACGAUUCUCUCUGUCAAGCAAAAGAUUGAGGAAUCUCAAGGACAUGCCGUUUCGCAGCAAAAGCUGAUAUUUUCAGGCAAGAUUUUGGCUGAUGACAAGAAGGUUGAAGAAUACAAUAUCAGUGAAAAGGACUUUUUGGUCGUCAUGGUGUCCAAGCCUAAAGCAACGGCGUCAGCUGCGGGAUCAAGCACAUCAGCAUCCACGCCAACUGAAAAGAAACAAGAGACCCCCAAGCAACAGGAAGAAAAGCCUGCUCCUGCAUCCAACACCACCACACAAUCACAACCUGCACCUGCUACACCUGCUGCCGCUGCUACCACCACUACGCCCUCUACUCAGGCACCUGCCCAAGAAAACACACAAGUAAGCAGUGAUAGCUCAUUAGUGACCGGUAGUCAAUACGAGAGUGUAGUGCAAAACAUGAUGGAAAUGGGCUUCGAACGAGAUCAGGUCAAGCGAGCUCUUCGUGCAAGUUUCAACAAUCCUGAUCGUGCUGUCGAAUACUUGUUCAAUGGCAUUCCCGAGGAUCUUUUGGCCGAGGAACAAGCUGAGCAAGCACAUUCACAAGAGCAACAACAACAACAACAACAAGGUGGAGCAACAAACACCACCGAGGCACCAGCAGCAGCUGCUGCUACAUCUCCAAACAGCGCCCAAACUCGUGGCAACGAUGCCAGCCAAAACCUUUUCCUUGCAGCUCAACAAGCAGCUCAGCAACAGCAACAGCAACAGCAGCAAUCUGGUACCGGCAAUGUCGAUUUCUCGCAGCUUCGUAAUACGCCUCACUUUCAACAAUUACGACAACUUGUGCAGAGCAACCCUAGUCUUUUGCAACCUCUUUUGCAACAACUUGGUCAAUCCAACCCAGAAUUGCUUCGCAUGAUCAACUCGGACCCACAAGGCUUUUUCCAAUUAUUGAUGGAGGGUGGUGAUGAAGAAGGCGGUGCUGUGCCUCCUGGAUCUCAUGUUAUCCAGGUUACCCAAGAGGAGAAGGAAGCUAUUGAUCGGCUGGAGGGUCUAGGAUUUGAUCGUGCACAGGCCAUUGAAGCAUACUUUGCUUGUGAUAAGAAUGAAGAACUCGCUGCCAACUACCUCUUUGACAAUGGUGCCGAUGACUUUGAGUAA